CCAUUAACAGGAAGUGUGCCAAUUCUUCGUACACGGGCACAGAAAAAUUGCCUGUUCUAAGAGUUUCUCGCAUCGUAUAAUAUAUUCUGAAGGGGAUGGCGUUAAGACGGAUCAAUAAAGAAUUGCAAGAUCUUAAACGUGAUCCGCCAUCACAAUGUUCAGCAGGACCGGUCGGAGAAGAUUUAUUUCACUGGCAAGCAAGUAUCAUGGGCCCGCCUGACAGCCCAUACCAAGGUGGAGUAUUUUUCCUUACGAUACAUUUUCCAACAGAUUAUCCAUUUAAACCACCAAAGUUAUUUUGUAUUUCAGUUCUUUUGUCAAUAUGUUCCUUGCUUUGUGAUCCAAAUCCUGAUGAUCCCUUGGUGCCAGACAUAGCGCGGAUUUAUAAAACAGACAAACCUAAAUAUAAUAAAUUGGCAAAGGAAUGGACGACGAAGUAUGCCCAAGUUUGACUCUGAAAGGCACUUUCUAACAUUAUUUUGUCUCUGGCAAGAAGUCUUGUUGUAAUGUACAUUUUAUAAUGUUAUGUUCCAAUGCUCUUUCUCUGCUAAGCUUGAAUGAUUUCCUAGUUAUUUUCUUCUCUGAAGAAAGGCUAUCAGCUAUAAGAUGCACUCAGCUGCUUAGACAUAAGGUUGGAAACAGAAAACAUCUAAAUAUUAUCUGUGAACCAGGUACUCACAUGUAUUAAAUUCAGAUUUUAAAUAUUACAUAUGACACGGAUUUAGGGUACUGAAG